UAUUUAUUACGUUAUAUACUAUGUAUUAUAUAAAUAAUAUAUAGGUAAGCAAUCCGGCAUAAUAACAGUAUGUAAUUAACAAAAUAAUAAAUAAUAAAACAAUGGUACCUGAUAAUGGAGACAGUUCAGAGCACCGAUGUGCCGUGUCCGACGAUUGAACAACGUCUGAGCUGUCGACACGCCGUAGCCGCCUUUUAUAGCAACGAGUAAACAAGCUCGGUGGCAAGGUGGGAGAACCGGUAGCUAGAACUUGCUUGCGUAUUUUGUACGCCGAGUCGUUUAGUGACUUAUUUGUAAAAAUCAAUAUUUGUACCAAAAAUAAAAUAAAAUGCGUAAAUAAAUAACAAAAAUUACACAUAUUCUCCCACAGGUACACUACUUGACUAUCCAGAAGAGGAAUUGUCUUUUGCUUUUGUCACAAAAUUAAAAUCUAACGGGAAUGUAGUUCUUGCUCGCAUCAUCGAUCAUAUUCUCAUGAAGAAUUCUGAUUUUUAUUCAAGAAAGAAAAGAGGGAGACAAUGCAGGAAGAUCAAGCUUUGGCUCUUUCUACUUCAUUGGAUCUAUCAAAGUGGAAAUACCUUACUUUAAGGUCUGCAUUGUCACAUUGCGGGACUUUUGUGCAACUUCCAUCGUACCACAAAUUAUUAGAAGCUAAGAAGAGGUGUUAUCCGGAUGCCAGAGAUAUUGAAAUAUCAGAAGACGGAGUAAAGGUGAACCUACAAGCACUUCUAGAUGUGACAACUCAAAGGAUCCUGCAAGUCGUUGGUGACGAAAUAAAUAUUUCUAGUGGAAGUUUAAACUAACUAGCAAAUGAGGGCUAUAGAUUCAAAAGCGUCUCUGUCCAGUUUUUUAUCCAACACAUUUUUAGAUUAUUGGCAACACAUUGCAUGUUAGUCUAUGACCUCACAUAGUUACAUAUGUGCAAAACCGUCUAUAUUCCAUACUAAAUUCAAUUUGAUAUUCGCGGUGAGGUGCAAAAAGUCUCUAUUAUUUAAUCUAGUAACAAAAGCGCUUGUAUCCCGCCUCGACCAAUCACGGAGCCGGACUGUGUUAGUAACUGUAAUGGCGUCCGCGUGUUGUUUGUUGAACAUUUCGUCCCGUUAUUUUGUUGAUUUUUAAUAGUAAAAGAACGCAAAAUGGAAAUUAAUAUUGCUUCAGUGCAGGAUAAUAAAGGAAGAAAACGGAUCCGCAAUGAAAAACAAUGGAAACGUAACGUGCAAAAGCGUGCAAGGUAUUCUGCUAAAAGACCACCGAAUAUAAAUGAUAUAAAAAAUUGUGUACAUAAAAAAUUGGGUAAACUAAAAUGCAACGAUUUAAAUCCUCAAGACAUAAGAAAAUUUCACCAAGCAUUUUUUUCCAAGGCGGAUAAAGUGUAUCAAGACAAUUUUAUAUUAAAAUUCAUAAAAGUCAGUACACCACAGAGACGAAGACGUAAAGUAAAAAACCGUGCUGAAGCUGAAUUUUUUACGAAAUAAUAUAUUCGUACAUAUAGAAAACCGUACAAAUUAGUGAGAAUUUGUCAAAACGCUUUAAAAAAAAUAUUAGGCGUCGGUACCCAUAAACUCCGAAACAUAGCUAAGAAAUUUUUAGUAUCUGGCCAAAUGCCCCAAGAGCGUCGAGGUGGAGAUAGAGUAUCUAGGAAAACUUUAGCUAAAAAAGAAAAUGUGAUGAGAUUCAUCGAGACAUUUCAAUGUAUUGAAUCUCAUUAUUGCAGAUCAGCCACGUCAACAAGAAAAUAUGUAUCUUCAGACCUCAACAUAAAAAAAAUGUGGAGACUUUAUCAAGAAAAUCAGACCGAUGAAAAUCUUAAGGUGCGACAUUGCUUUUUUAGAAGGAUUUUUGUAGUACAUUAUAAUAUUGGGUUUAAAACACCCAGAGUUGACAUUUGUUCAAAAUGUAGUGAGUUAUCGGAGAAAAUUAAAAAUGAGAAGGUGGAAACUGAAAAAGUGGCUCUCAUGACGGCAUUACGAAUUCAUAAAUUGAAACCCAAAUCCUUUUAUAUGUUUUUGCGGGAGCUUGAUGACGAAACGUUUACAAUUUCCUUUGACUGCCAAAAAAAUCAGGUCUUGCCCAAAGUUGCAGACCAGAUUGCUUACUAUUCUCGGCAAUUGUACAUUUACAACUUCACUAUCGUGAUAGGUACAAGUACAAAUAAAUUUCAAAAAGAAAACGUCCGCAUAUGUACGUGGACAGAAAAUGUCCACGCUAAAUCUUCAAAUGAAAUUGCAUCGGCAGUUUUCGAUCUACUUUCAAAGGCAGAUUCGACAGGGAAAAAAAAGAUCCGAAUGAUGGCUGACGGGUGUGGUUCACAAAAUAAAAAUUCCACAAUGAUAGCGAUGGUUGCUCAUUGGUUAAUAAUGUAUGCUCCAAGACAUAUUAAAACUAUUGAACUCAUUUUUCCUGUUCCCGGGCAUUCGUUCAUGCCAGGGUCAAAGUCACCUUGGACUAGGGAGAUGGUGGAGAACGAUAUCUUGAAGUGGACGUCCGGUGACUCCCCCGGCAACCUAGACCUGUUGGCUCCCUACCUGGAUUCGAUAUUUCAGCAGUGGGGUUACGACUCCAACGCUGCCAACUUCCUUAAAUUCAAAGAGUUUUGCAACGACCCUAUGAGAUGGGGAACGAGUGGAGGUGCAAAGAUGGCAACGAUAGAAGGUGAGAGUUAUCGUUCGAAGUGGGCAUGGGCUUUUUCUCGAAUGAUGAACGCUGACAGCUCUUUCAAAAAGCAGAGAGGACCAGUGAAGGCAACCACUGCAUGUGCGAACAGAUCGACAACCGAUCGCGGGACGAAAACUAUUUAUAAUUUCUAGACGAAGGUGAAGAGAGCGAAUCAACUCUUCUCAAAAAAGUUGUUUAUUUUAGUACAAUGGACUCUCCCUCGGGAUCGAGCACCCAACUCAACCAAACUGACAGUAGGCGCAGGACUGAGUUGAUCAUAACUGUAGUUUUCAUAGUGCUGGCAAUCAUCCUCAUAUUAGUUUCAAUAGUCAGGAAUGAACUGAAAGUUGUGGCCCUUGAUGCCCAACAAUCUCUAAUGCUUAGGAAAAUUUGCGAGGCAACUGUAACUGGCUGUUAAAAUGGCUUACACGUACGGUAUUUCACCGGACGCUCAAGCGUCCGAGCUUUUUAAUUCAAAUUCCAGGCCCCCCUUCCCUUGUCGGGGUCCGCAAUCUCAAAGUUGAGAGACGUUCCUACUUGCUCUGACCUAACCAUUGUCCGCGGUAGUAAUCGGGAGGUCGCCAUAACCACUUGGAAUACACAAUGCCGCCAUUACAUUUUUAUUCGAUGUUGCCAACAACACCCAUUUGAUUACUUUAGCCAUACUAGUACUUCUUGACAGUAACGCAUAAUACCAUCCACAAGGCCAGGUUAUGUGAAACCAAAACCGCCUCUAUCCAUAUUAAUACAAUGCAAAACCGCCUCUAUCCAACGUUUAGAAGCAAAACCUACUUGUAGCGUUGCAGUUUUGCUGUUUUUUCACAAAUUUAGUUUCUUACUCGAUAUUCAGAUUUUGGAUACCACUAGCGACAUCUGUUGGCGUGAUUUGGAAUUAAUUUGCAAUAGAUGGCGCUUUUUGCUCAGUGGAUUCGGAUAUGUUUUAUUGAAGCAUUUCCUAAUGUUUUAUUUUGAUUAUUCCAUUUUUUAAUGGAGUAUUUUCGGUGUUCUGGAGAUUGUUUUCAUCAUGGUUUUUGUUAGUGUUUGCUUUUUAUCUAAGCGGCGAAACGAAACGUCUCGCGAUUGACAUCGCGGCUGUCAGUUGAGCUGUCAAAUCACUUUGGAAUUUUGGUCGAUCUUGCGCAGCCGCAAUUUUAUUAUUUUCGGGGAUGUAAUCCCCCGUGUUUCAAAUCGUGUGAUGCGGAAUGCAUCCACGAUAAUUUCUUAAUAUAAUUUAAAAUGAACACACAUGAGAAAUUCCCUAAAUCCUAUUCGGAUGAGGGUAUUGGGUUGCUGAAGACUGCGAGUGAAGCUUAAAUUAGCGAACAGUCUUUAUGCGGGAUUUUCAUUUUUAUUUCAUAUUUUAUGAUUUUAUAAUUUAAACAUAAUAUUUUGAUGAUAUUUCAUAUAUUUUAAUUUCUCUUCAUUUCGUAUGAAAUAUUUGUCCUUUCUAAACUGCUGAUCUCUUCGCAUUUCCUCCUUGUCAUCAAACCUCUGUCUCUGCAAGAGUUUGAACGCUUACCUGUCGAAGAGAUGCAAGAGCUUCAUCUGGCACUGCGCGCUUGAGGCUGUGGAGGACGCUGCUUGGAGCCUAAAAGUGUGCGAGACCCGUUGGACCCCGGAAGAAGAGAGGAACGUUCAGGGUAACGGCUUAUAACCGCAUGGCUUCCAAGGUACCCACUUUUCCAUCCUUCAAGUAGGAGUCUUUCCGACCUGACAUCGUGCAGUUAUCUUAACUAUUAGAGUCUUUUAAUAUUUAGGCUGAGUUUUAAGAAAUUUGUAGUGGCAAUAAUA